AUGUCUGAUACCAACGAUACGUUUGCUAACUUCAGAUUUACCACGAUUAUCAACGAUAGAUGUGACAAAUCAUUAAAACUGGAGACGCGAUCUGUUAAAUUUUGGGAGUGUGCUUUGUGGUGUGGUAGAGUAAAAGACUGUAGAAGAUUUCUGCACUCUAAAAAUAAUUUGAUGUGUACGUUAUAUUCUGAUGGUAACAAUUGUAUUGUAAAUGGUGAUUCUUCUGGAUAUCGCUGUUUUGUUAAGUAUUUUGGAUGUGUUGCUGAUACAUGUACCUGUCCUCGAGGUUUCUAUGGCGAUAAAUGUACACAAAUAGCUAUAGACUGUAAAGAUUAUGUGGCAAGAGGAUUUGGAGAAUCGAAAACUGUUCUUACAAAUAUUCAACCAGAAACAUCCCCCGAACCUUUUGAAGCAUCUUGCUGGCUGGGAAGUUCAGGAGCUCUAACCAUUCUUGAACGAGAUGCUACCUGUAAUGUCGAAAACUUCAACCGCAGUUUGCAUGAGUAUGGGGUGGGAUUUGGAAAUGUUCCUUGGAAUGGAUGGCUAGGAUUUGAUAAGAUACUUCCAUUGGUGAGCAAACAAAAUUCACGACUGCGUUUAGAAGUAUAUUUUAGAAGAACCUCGAGUAUUUCCUGCGGAAUAAAAUACAACCUUUUUUCAAUUGGAAAUUAUUCAAGUCAGUAUACAUUCUACGCUGCAAGAUUUGAUGCUAUAGGAUCUACGUUUUGUGGCGAUUCGAUUAUGGGGGGCAAUAGUACGCUUAAUUUAACAGGUCGACCGUUCUCAACGUUCGACAGCGAUUUGACGGGAUUCGAUUGUCCAACGACCUUCGGAGGAGGAUGGUGGUUUGCUGAUGAUAUCCGCUGCACCGACAGUUUUGCAACUGGAGGCGCUAUGUCGCAUAACUAUUGGCGAAAUACGUUGCAAAACCAACAAAUCUCAUAUCUUGUCUUAAAAGUAGCUUAUUAUUAA